GUCAUCGCGCCCCCCCGUGACGUUUGUAGUUUUUAAUCAGGUUUAGUUCCGCGGCUGGUGGCUGCAGCUCCAUCACCCCUCUUUAAGUUUCCUCCACAGAACCAGAAACACGAAGCAGAACCAAACCGGGUUUUGGGGAACUUGCUGUCGCCUCGUCGUAUUGACAGUUGGCCGCAGAGUUUCAGCAACAGGUCGAGACGGAGCCAUGAAGGUUCUGCUGGUUCUGCUGGUUCUGCUGGUUCUGGUGGACGGCAGAGUGUUCGAGCGGUGCCAGUGGGCCCGAACCAUGAAGAGCAGCGGGAUGGACGGAUACCGGAACGUCAGCCUGGCCAACUGGAUGUGUCUGACUUACUGGGAGUCGCGAUACGACACCUUGGCUGUCAACCACAACCGGGACAAAUCCACCGACUUCGGCAUCUUCCAGAUCAACAGCCGCUGGUGGUGCAACGACACCCGGAUCAGAACCGCCAACGGAUGUCGCAUCAUGUGUGAGCAGCUGCUGAGCGACGAUGUGGGCGUGGCCAUCGGCUGUGCGAAGCGCGUCGUCAGGGACCCGCAGGGCAUCGCCGCCUGGGUGGGCUGGCGGACGCACUGUAAAAACCAAGACGUGAGUAAAUAUUUGCAGGGAUGCGGCCUGGAUUCUUCGCUCCUUUAAACCGGGAAGAAGAAGAAGAAGAAGAAACUCGGAUCGAAACCAAAAAACUCGAUGAAUUAAAUCUGAGUUUGUGCAUUUUUCUAUUUCCGGAUCGACAUGCAAUAAAGAUGAGACCUAAUCUUCUCUAGUAAAA